UUAUAAAGUUCGGAUAAUAAUCUUAACCAUAAAUCGUCACUUGUUAUAUUGUAAUAAUCUACAAAACCUGAUAUUUUUGACACAAAGAAAUGUAAUGUUUUUUUAAUUGUCUUGACUGAAGAGUAUGUGAAAUAUAUGCAAAUUUUCAAAGGAUAAAUGGUAGAGGAAGGUGAUGAGUUUAUAAAAAUGAAACUUCAGCGUUCCAACGAAAGGGAUCAACAGGUGACGUUUGACAUAACGAACGUGACAAACAAAUUCGGAAAGCCAUUGGAUCUGGUAGUUAGGCACUCGAACAACAAAUGCAAAAUAUUAUCCAUCAAAGAACAAGAGACCCAGAUUAUUCUUACAGACCGGGGCAAUGUAACAGUAUCUGUAUUCGACCCCGAGGACCCUGUGUUUAGUGAAAUCCCACUAGAAAGUAAAACAAUACCGUCAAAUAAAAAUGUUACACUAGAAAGAGACGUAAAGGGAGUGCUAAGGAUCAGAAGAAGUUUGAGUCUUAUAAAGCUCGAGUCGAGAAAACGAGCGCAUGCAAAACAUGCCUUACAUUAAUUUACAGCUUCUUCUUUUUGUAAAAUGUACACAUAACAUAUUAGCAAUGUUUCAUGGAAAUCUUUUCUUUUGUUACUUUACAUUGCAAUAGAUGAAAUAUAUGUAAGACUUGUUUUAUUUUUAUUUUUUAGUUCACACAUAUAAUUAUUUUGUUUGAAGCUCUGUGUUUGACGGCUGCCCUGUUGCCUAAGAUACGUCUAAUGUAUAUUCUUGAAUUAAUGAUAUAUUUAAAAUAAUUAAGUAUUGGUUUAAACUGACCAAAGCAGAUAAAAUGAUAUUAC